AUGGCGGGGGAUCCUGGAGGUCGUCCGCUAUUGCCUCAAACCACGCAAAUGCGAACGUUUUCAUUUGCCCCGCCAAAUUUUGGGCCUCGAGAGAACCAAAAGAACUAUGUCUUUGUUGACGAGCAUAAUCGUCACAAGAGGUUAAAAGGCAAACGACGGAAAAUCAAAUGUGAUGCCGCGACCACGAACAGCUGGCCUUGUUCCGCAUGCAUUCGUUUGAAACUCCAAUGCGUUCCACCUACAGUAGUCUAUGAAAAGGACUACACUGCACACCCACCAACCAGUGACAUUGAAAGAGUCGUAGAUCUCGAAACUUCUAGUGGAAGUGGAGAUGACGACAGUCAACAUCGGCCAUCGAUUAGCCAGCAACUCAGCAGUGGGAGUGAACACCCCGGUUAUCCAGACCAGCUUCCUUAUGGUGAUGAUCCAAGGCUCUAUCAAACCGCCCAGUAUCUUGAGCAAGCAGAUUUGCCCCCAGGAAUACCAUAUGCUGGGGUGGAUGUCUCUCGUAUGGGCUUUCAAGAAGUACCAUACCAGCCGCAAGCAAUGUUCCCGACCCCGCCAGGUCCGACAUUGCCAUCUAGUCAAGCCUCAGACGCGUGGUCGGGUGAGCGAUAUGGCUCUGGUGAUCUCAGCGAGGCUUUAGGGGAAUUAAAGAUUGAUGAGAGCGGACUUGCUCCAUACAUCUCGCAUCAAAAGCGGAGUCUGGCUGAGGCGCCAGCGCUGGAAGAAUACGAAAUGAACUUACCUACGCUUCCCUCAAGCCCUGGUGAUACUGUCAAGAUACCGUCCGAGUUUAUGCCUACCGAUGAGCAGGCAUCGGAAUAUUUUGAAUUUUUCUUCGAGAAUAUUCACCCGUACAUUCCUGUCAUUAAUCGGCCUCUUUUUUACCAGCAAUGGCGUACUAGAAAGGACACGAUCUCCCCCCUUUUAUUAGAAGCAAUUUUUGCAUGCACUGGACGAAUGUCAGCGGACGCAUCCGAAGGCAUCAAGUGGCUUGCGCUUGCAGGAAAACACGCCGAUUCUUUUAUGGAUGUUCCUCGGCUCAGCACUUUGCAGGCUUUGCUCUUGCUUCUCAAAGCUCGGGAGUCCACUCCGAAACGAGGAUAUUACUAUCGAUCUUGGAUGACGAUUGUAAACUUGAUAGCGAUGGCUAAGGACCUUGGCCUUGAUCAGCAUUACGAACUCCAUCAGGCUGGAGAACCGUGUUCCUCCAGCUACAGCGAUUGCGUCACAGGCACGCGCGUUUGGCAGACCUUGUUUGGACUGGAAACCAUGAUAGGAGGUCCACAAGGGCGCUUUGAUUUUGCCAUUGAUCCCGAAACCGUUGAUAUGAGCGUGACGAUCCCUGCACGAGGUAUAGCAGAUCCAGAAGUACAAACUUCCCGCCAAUUCACAUACCUGGUUCGUGCCAUUCACAAUGUCCGCCGGAUCAUCAGCAUUUACGGGCGAAUUCGAAAAAGGAAGGACUGGGGCCAUGAUCCGGAGCUUGUUCAAAUGAACCCGAUAUUUGCAGCCUGGAUAGAUGAACUUCCACAAGAUCUUCAAGUCGUUUACCCAGCCGAUGGCUCUCCGCCGUGGCUGCGCUCGCAUUUCGUUGGAAACCUUCAUUCCUAUUACAACUUGAGCGUCAUCAUGCUUCAUCGACCUCAGCUAGCCUCCCCGGGCGCCCGACCUACGGACCAGUCAUGGAAGGAUGAGAUGUUGCUGUGCUACUCCGCAGCUAAGAACCUGUGCAAGCUCCAAGAAGCGAUACUGAGGGAUUAUGGUAUGCACGGCUUACUAUUUAUGCUUCGAGGGAUCAACUUUACGAUAUAUGCCGUUCUAACGUGCACAAUGUUGCAUCUGGUCGCGCUCACCUCGCCUGACCCUGAGAUAUAUUGUGAUGCAAAAGACUUUUUCACUCGGCACAUGCGAAUACUCGAGCAAUGCACAACCUCCUGGCCUAUGCCCGACAUGCGUACUCAGAUUGAUGCACUUCGUGUGGCCUUCUCAGCGGAUGUUACAAAACCUUUCAGUCUGAAACCCAGCUUCCCUUAUGGCAGCCCAACGGGUCCGGUAGCGACAAAUCCCCUACCUGCCGGUGUUCCUUAUAGCGGUCAUCCCACCGCCAAUGUCCACACCACGAUGGCCCCAUCAGGACAAUCAUACAUUUCUCAUCCAAUAACGCCACCGAUCUCUACCGCGGAUGUCGGCCAUGCGGGAGAAGGAGAAUCACCCGCUGUCCAAUCCCUGGUGAUGAUGGCAUCUGGCCAACGGCAUCCAAGUCAACAGACUCCAAUCACUAACGCGCCUAUGCAAAUGGUGGAACCAGUGGGCUGGAAUCCGUCGCGUGUCUUUGAUCAAUGGAAUACCGCUUUUGGUACGACUUCUCCCAACGCUGCUGCCCCUUCCCACUCCUCGCCCUCUCUAAGUGUCUCUUCCACUUCAGGCAUCGAAUACCCCACCAUUCCAAGUGUGAUACCGCAGGCAAUGGGUCCAUCUGGAAUGAGUCCCACUCGCCAGGAUCAGACAGCUAUGGUGCCUCCCGUCAACUACGCAGCUGCUGGUCCUGCAUUUAUCAGCCCCAGCCAGUGGCAGGAUAGCAUUGCUAGUCUUUACGAAGCUGGCUAUGCUACAAAGAGGCGUUGGGAUGCCAGCGUAGAUGGAAUCGAGCAGGCCUCUAAAAGAAGCCGAUAA